AUGAAGCACAAGCACCAGGAGAACAGCGCACGGCGACAGCUGUCGACUGGGGUGAAUCAAGUAAAGCCUAGCCCACGUAUACCGAUCGAUCAUCAUGUCCCAGUCCCGCGUGAACCUGGCGAUGGCCAAGCGGGAGCUGGCGGAGCGCCGAGACGAGGCCAACCUGUGUAUGGUGGAGCUGAAGCACGCGCAGGAGGUGCUGGCCGCUGGGGGCACAGGGCCCAAGGUUCUGUCGGUUACGGUGCAAGAGGUAUUCGGCCCGAUCACGGUGGACAGGGUAGCAGUUCGUCCAGACGCUUCACCAGCUCAGGAAAAGGUCGUGGCGCAAGGCAUCCCGUGCGCGUUUCCCCUCGAUGCCGCAGUAGAAAGCUUUGACCUGGUUCUCAUGGCGGAGAACGACAGCGGCGCCGGAGCGACGAAAUCGGCCGCCGUUGACCAGGCGUCAGCAUCAAAAGGGGACUCGUCUCAAAUAGCGGAGGCGGCGGCGGCGGCGGCAGCGGGGGAUGGCCACGAAAUCGACGAAGUGGUAAUCAGCGCGGAGGAUGCGGCCGAAGCCAUCGAGGCGGAAGCGGCGGCGGCAGCAACGGCAGCUGUACCAGACGCCGCUGAACCCGGAGAAGCCGGAGUAGACGAGGUGGCCGCCGCCACCGCCGCCGCCGCUGCAGCUGGCGCUGUUUCUGAGCAGGGGAACGAUGCCGAAAAGGAGUUCUACGAUGCCUCGGGGGCGGCCGCUCCCGUUGAAGACGCUGCUGAGGCACCAGUCGCGCGGGAAACGGGGGCAGUUGGAGCGGAGGCCGGCCAGGAAGAAGCCGCGGAGUCCGAAGCAGCAGGUGAGGUGGACGAGGCGAAGGAAGCAACGGAUGAUGCCUCGCCGGUGGCGUCGGGGACGACCGGCGAGGAGAGUAACGCUAACGUCGUUGACGCCGCCGCCGCCCCAGCGAAUGUAGCAGGAGAAGCAGCAGGGGAGGAGGUGGCGGCGGCGGCGGUAGAGACACCGGCGGCGGAAGGCGAUGUACCCGCUGCUGCAGAGGUGGCUGUGACCCCUGUGGACGGCGGCGACGGGGACUCCGCCGCGGCGGGACUUUCGCUUGAUACCGCAGCGGCAGAGGCGGAAGCGGCGGCGGCAGCGGUAGAGGCGGCGGUGGCGGCGGUGGGGCCCGUUGCUGGAGAAGGCUCGGAAACUGCUCCGGCGGCGACGGUUGCCGAAGCCGCGGGUGAAGCAGACACCGGUGCUGCGAGGGCGAGCCUUAACGGGGGUCUGGGGGACGCCUCGCCCGCGGCGGCGGCGGCCCUGGGGUGCAGCACGGGUACAACGGAGGUGGUGGUGCCCUCCUCCGAGCUGGACUUCAAGCUCAGCCAGGGGCAGUGGCGGUAUCUGGAGGCGGACUCGACACCCGUGCACGGCGACGGCGCCGUCGAGGUCACCAAGGGCAUCAGGUUCUCGACGUCCCUCAAGGCCGUGGACAGCCGGAAAGAUGACGACCGCAUCGUGGAGCUGUCGGAGAAGCUGAGCGAUGCAGAGCGGCGCGUCCGGGCUGCUGAGGCUAUCAUCAAGAAGUUGCAGCCCUCAUCGGCAGCCGCAAGCAGCCGCAAGAAGUCCGGCGGCGGCGGCGCGGGGGUCCGAAAGUCGGCGCUCAAGAAGAGCAAGGGCGGCACGAGGUCGGUCAAGUCUGACGCGGCUAAGAGAAGGGGGGCCGCCGGAGCACUAUCCGCCGCCGUCGGAAACGCCUAUGGCAAGGCCAAGACCGCCGGCGCGCUCGCGUGGGGGGCACGCAACCUGGUGUUCUUCGCGGCGGCGGUAGCCGCGAUGCACUUCCACGGGGACUACCUUGCCGUGUAGAAAGGGUUUUUCACGUCUCUCUCAUUCAUUUGUUUUUUGCGUUGAGGAAAUGGAGGGUUCUCGCGGAGGAUGAGGGAGGGAUGAGGGUCAGUCAUGUCAAGUGCAUGACGUCUGUGUCCUGACCGUUACUGUAGGCCUCGCGUUCGCACGAAGCCCUGGGACUUGAGCACGCUUUUUUGUUGUUUCGAACAGGCUAUGCCGGGGAGGGGAGGGUUUUCUUGUUUCGAUGGGAUGCUAGGGCGCGAAGAGAUGGGGCCGGCUUAUUGUUCUUUGUCCAUGGGCUCGCCUGUUUUCGACGUGUGGCCUUCGAACCCGUUCUGGCUACUACUGCCUUGUACAGGUUCCGGAGGGCGGGGGGGGGGCGGUUGGGGGGGAGGGCGAGUCGUCCCCGCGGUUACGAUGGCGUCAGGCACGUGCUACGUUAUCCUUGGCUGCUGCGUCCACCGUCCCAUUGGACGACGGCACCAGAUUGUGAAUUCGCCUUUCACAAUCACCCACUCUGCUCGUUGCACCCGUGGUAGCCUUCCCUGCCGGCCCAACUACAGUAGUGUUCUACAAGUCGUUUUCAUGUUUGUUUUCCUUUGGUGUUCUUCACGACACGCACGGCAGUGUUACAAAAACAGUCUUGCGCUUUUGAUGACAUUCGUGGGUCAUGUGUUGAAACCUGCGGACGAUGACGCUUGUUUGCGUCGUCAGUGCUCCGAACACCUACACGCCGAUCGAUAGUAAGGUGCUGUUCCUGGGCGCGGUCUCCGCCUUGAGUGAGAGCUCUCUUGCUUUCGACAAGCUGCGGUUUUCGUCACACGCAGGAGGAGGGUGUGUCGGAUAGCUCUUGAAGAAAUGCCAGGUUUAUUUUGUGGCGCGCCGCAGUUGUUGUUGUUGUUGUCU